AUGGCCACGUCAACACAGGCCAGCGAGGCGAGGCGCGUGCUGGCGGGGAAGCCGCUGCGCCCGGGCCUUCUGCCACUGAAAGUGGAGUUCGCAUAUGCCAAGGGGUCAACGGCGGGCGGAGGGGCGCCACAGCCGGCACCAGCCAGCCAGCCGAAGGAGAAGGAGCGGGAGAGGCCACGGCCCGGCGUGCGUAGGGUAGUGUGGGUGGGGUGGGGGCCGGCGCACGUAGUCCCCGAGGAGAUCGACGCGGAGUUCCGGCGGUUCGGGCCCAUUGAGGACCUGCGCUUCCACCCUGACCGCGCCUGCGCGUUUGUCGACUACCGCUUUGAGGACGACGCCCAGGCCGCCGUGGCGUCGAUCAACAACGUCCGCACGCGCGACGGCGGGGUGUUCCGCGUGGAGUUUGCGAAAUCAGGCCCGCAUGCUGGGGGAGGAGGAGGAGGGGGUAGCGGCGGCGGCGGUGGCGGUGGUGGGGGUCGAGGAGGUGGUGGGGGGAGCGGGGAUGGGUCUCCCAGCGAGAUUUUAUGGGUGGGAUUUCCGAGUACGCUUACUGUAACAGAGGAGAGGCUUCACGCGGCCUUCUCCCAGCACGGGCAGAUUCGGCGCAUCAAGACGUUCCCGGGGCGCACGUACGCGUUUGUGGAGAUGGCCACGUGCGAGCAGGCGACGAAUGCGAUCCGUGCGCUGGACCACGUGCUGUUUAACGAUGAUCGAGUGCAUAUCCGGUACUCCAAGAGCGAGUUUGCAUUCAUGCACGCUGCUGACCCGCCCUUCUCCUCCCCUGCUGCUGCUGCAGCCGCCGCAGCAGGCGGCGCAGCAGGAGUUGCAGCUGGGGAGGCGUUCGCUGUUUCUGCUGCCUCUCCUGCUAUUUCUGUUGCCUCUCCUGCUGUUUCUGCUGCCGGACCUCCCAUGCUGGGCCGUCCGGGCUUGCCUGGGGCUCUUCCUGGCCCUAUGCCUCCUCCCGGACCUGGUUCUGUACCUGGAGGGCUGGCUCGGGCGAUUGGAGCUUCGGAUGGCGCAGGGUCGCAUUGGAAGGGGACGUUGGCCAAGGGGGGGAUUGUGGUGUGCCAUGCGCGGGCGAUUCCCAUCGGUCCAGGCAUCUCUGCACCCAUGCCGGACGUCCUGAACUGUUCCGCGCGCACAGAACUAGACACCCUAGCAAAGCACGUGCGGGCAGCAGCGGAUUUCGGAGUGGUGGCCAUCAUCCCGGAGGCACAGCCGGACGUGCCGCCCUACCACGACCUUGUUCAGUACCUGGGAGAGAAGCACUCUCAAUACACCCUGGCAAAGCACGUGCGGGCAGCAGCGGAUUUCGGAGUGGUGGCGAUCAUACCGGAGGCACAGCCGGACGUGCCGCCCUAUCACGACCUUGUUCAGUACCUGGGGGAGAAGCGCCGGGCAGGCGUGGCCAAGCUGCCUGACGGCUCCACGCUCUUCCUCGUCCCGCCGUCCGACUUUGCUGUUUCCAUCCUCCAAGUGCCUAGAAAUGACUCGCUCUUUGGUGUUUACCUCAGCGUGGCUGCUCCCGCCGCUCCUGGCGCUCCUGCAGCUCCCGUUGCUCGUUCCUCUUCCACAGGGGCCCGCCCUUCCUCUCCCCCAUACAGGGCUCAUGCCCCAAGUCCAACCAGGGAGACCGCCUUUGCCUCCCAACCAGCAGGGUCAGCAACAGCAGCAGCAACAGCAGCAGCAGCAGCAAGCUGGAGCAUCAACGUUUAG